ACUCAUACUCAUUCAACCCAGAAAAGUAAAACCACCUGCAUCACGCGUUCCUAUAUAUAUGAGGUUAUGCUUGGCACAUGAGACACAAACCAACACCAACUAUUUAUUCUAGUAUCUUCUUUAACUCUUCUUGCUCCAUUCUGCCGUGCUUCCUUCUUGUUCCCAAAUAAUGACGGUGAUCAAUGGAAAUAGUUGUGUGAGGAUUGAACGAAGGGUACUUGAAGCGCCCAAAAAUUUAAUGGAGGUAAUCCUCAUAUUAUCAGAAGCGAUAAUGUUGCUUUGUUACACCGAGAGACGCCACAUCUUCAACUUGCCCAGAGCCAUCGCUCACGCUGUGUUGGACAAGGGUAAGAAAAUGAUUGGAAGUGAAUGCCGAGAAAGAAGUGAUUGUGCAGAAGUCCAAGGCCGUCAAAUUUUAAAGGAGUUAUACGAGUUGAAGAGAUUGUUGACACAUGCCAUGNUUUUCAGCACCGGCAAACGCUUUNUGGCAUUUCUAUUUGCUGCAGGAUUCGAUAAGGAGGAUGUCCUCUAUAGGAAGAGAACAGCUAGGAUUCUGAAGCCUGCUUUCACGGUUAUACGUGAUAAAGAAUCAGAAUGUUUGCUNGUGUUCGUCCGUGGGACUCGUAGCAUAAAAGACACUCUCACAGAUGCACUGUGUGCUCCUGUCUCUUUCGAUCACAACAUGGUUUCAGGACAUGCACACCGUGGUAUGGUUGCUGCAGCUUCUUGGAUUAGAAAACGCUGCAUUCCAGUACUACUUGAAGCUCUUCAUCAAUACCCCCACUUCAAAAUCAAG